AUGGAUCUUAAUAUUCAUCCAAAUAAAACAAGAGAGGCCAAAAAAUUAGAACCUGAGUCUCAAGACCGUGCUAUUUGUUGCGCGACAUGUGCUUCCAUCACAUUCACCAAUGAAGAUCUUUUGUUAGGGUCCAAACCACACAACCGUCCGCUUUUCAUGUUCGGGUAUGUGCGAGAACAGAAACUUGGUCGCAUGCUCAUGGAUGGAGGUUCAGCAGUAAACAUAAUGCCUAAGUCCACAAUGACAAAGUUAGGCAUCAGCUUAGACGAAUUGUCUCGAAGUCGUCUCAUGAUUCAAGGUUUCAAUCAAGGGGGGCAAAGAGCCAUGGGCAUGAUCAGAAUUGAGCUCGUGAUAGGUGAUUUAAGGUCCAACACCUUAUUUCACGUGAUUGAUGCAAAGACUUCCUAUAAUCUCCUCUUAGGAAGGCCAUGGGUACAUGAAAAUGGAAUAGUGCCUUCAACCUUACAUCAGUGUUUCAAAUUCUACAGAGGUGGAGUGAAGAAAAUCUUGGGUGACAUCAAGCCAUUUACUGAAGCCGAGUCUUAUUUCGCCUAUGCCAAGUUUUACAUGGAUGAAGACAUGGUAUCUAAAGUUCUAGCCGCCAAGGUUCACUCGAUAGGCAAGGCCAUACCAAGAAAAGAUGAGCAUUCAAAGUGCCUUUUCGAUGAAGAGAAGGGUGAUAACAAGAAGGAAGGCCAAUCCCCAUUUGGAGAAGAAGUGAAACCGAGGAAGUUAGGGGAAAGUGACAUGAAGUUCUUGAAGGAGUCUACAACCAUGCCUUUACCCAAGUUAAGCAAUUCAGAUGUGUCGAAAUCUUCAAUACCAAGGUUCGUCAGACCAUCACAAGAUGUAACAAGAUGUGAAUAUCUUCCAGUCAAAAGAACUAAAGAAGGUUUUGAUCAUAAUGCUUAUAAGCUCAUGUCAAAGGCAAGUUAUGACUUUGGCUUAUCUUCUUCGCUGGGGGAACUUAAUCCAGAUGUCACAGGAGAAAGGACACAUGGCCUUAGCGAAACCCAAAAGAAGUUGAAGGAGCAGGGUUACACAAUCGACUCAGCUAGGGCAGGCCUAGGUUUUACUCCUGUCGCACCUGUCAAGAUCUCUGCUAGAAGAAAAGAAAAGAAGGCGAAAGCUCAACACAUUAGUGUUGAAGUGGUUGAGGAGGAAGAAGAACCAAAGGCUAUUAAGAGAGCCUCAGUGCUCGACUGUUUAGCUAAGCUUACCCAACGGACCUCAGUUUUUAGCCGCAUCAAAGAAUCAAGAUCACGACCUUUUGUGUUCAAAAGGAUAUAUGGACAUAAGAAUCAAAGGAGAAUCCAAUCAGCUCCACACAGACCGGCGCUAGAAAGACUCGGAGUUCUAAGCAAGCCGUCUGAAGAGGAAAGCCAGCGAGAGUUGGAAAGUGGAGUUCAUGUUGAAAUCCAGAGCCUAAUCCCAUCAUGUAUGAAACGUCACUCAACAUUAGACGUAACUUCAGGGGACCAACUCAAAGUGAAACGACAAACAAUCAUACAAACUCGGACAACUUUGAGUCAACAAAAUGAAAGUGACGAUGAAGAAGCAGAGAUUCUAGUUGUUCAUCACGUUAUGAUUAAAGAACUCGAUGAAGAGGAACCUUUCGAGGAUGAGGUUCAUGAUGCUCCUGUUGCAUUAGAAGAUGGGGGCCAAGCGAUAGUUGAUGAAUUAAAAGAGCUCAACUUGGGCACAAAUGAAGACGCAAGACCUAUCUUUGUUAGUGCACUUUUGAAUCCUAGCGAAGAGGAAUCAUACCAUCAGCUGUUACUUGAGUAUAAAGAUGUCUUUACUUGGACGUGUAAAGAGAUGCCAAGCCUCGAUCAACUAAACGAAUCGCUUCCGUCCGGAGCUCCCAAGUCAAAUCGAAGCAGAAGUCGACAAGUUGAUCGCGACCGGAUUUAUUAG